AUGUGCAAAGCUGGCUUUGCAGGUGAUGAUGCUCCUCGUGCUGUGUUCCCAUCCAUUGUGGGUCGCCCCAGAGACAGCUAUGUAGGGGAUGAAGCUCAAAGCAAGAGAGGUAUUUUGACUUUGAGAGUUGCCCCAGAGGAGCAUCCAGUGCUUCUGACUGAAGCUCCACUUAACCCCAAAACUGGUAUUGUGAUGGACUCUGGAGAUGGUGUCACUCAUACUGUGCCAAUCUAUGAAGGCUAUGCACUGCCUCAUGCCAUCCUGCGUCUUGAUUUGGCUGGACGUGACCUGACAGACUACCUCAUGAAAAUUCUGACUGAGAGGGGUUACAGCUUUACUACCACUGCUGAGAGAGAAAUUGAAAAGAGCUAUGAGUUGCCUGAUGGGCAGGUCAUUACCAUUGGUAACGAGCGGUGUGAUGUUGAUAUUCGUAAGGAUCUGUAUGCAAAUACUGUCCUUUCUGGAGGAACCACAAUGUAUCCAGGAAUUGCUGAUAGGAUGCAGAAAGAAAUAACUGCACUAGCUCCAAGCACCAUGAAAAUAAAGAUUAUUGCACCACCAGAACGUAAGCAGGAGUAUGAUGAAUCUGGGCCAUCAAUUGUCCACCGCAAAUGCUUCUAA